AAACAGUUUUUGCCCAUUUUCUUGAGUGAAAAGCCAUACUUAUCCCGGAAUUGGAAAAAGAGCACAUUGAUGCCAACGGAAAUUUUUUAAAAAUUUCUAAAACACGCGCGCAAUUCAACAAAAAUGCAGAAUUCACGUCUAGAAUACUCUCACUGUAUAUAGGCAUUUAUUUCAUAUCAUCCUACAGUUUUCAUAAUUUUGUAUAACUUUAUAUUCUUAGUUUCAAUUAAUUACCUUCGUACUUGAACUAACACGUGAAAAUUCAGUUUUGACACAAAAAUAGUUUGACUUUAAGUAAGGGACAAUAUUAAUUUUCAGCAUUUAAACCAUGCAUUUCCAAAUAACAUCAAAAGAUGAUUUUGGCUUUUUAACAGAAAGUUCAAUAAAUUCCACCGCCUAUGCAAGCAAUCCUAGCACUCACAGAAGCACAGCCCGCGGUUCAAGUGCCGUAACAGAUCGCUUAGACACUAUCCAUUAUCUGUCCCCUGCAAGUACUGUAGCUCAUACGGAAUAUGAAGGAGAUUUAGACUAUCAGCAAUUUUAUGUCAGUCCUCUAUAUCACGAUGUACCUUACAAAGCUGGACUUGGCAGUACAACUACCUCCUCAAGCUCUAUAUCUUGCGAUGAUAGUACCUUGCAAAGAACUGUGGCCAUGAUCAAACCUGAGGCACUUUGCUAUACCGAUGUAGUGUUAAGAGCUAUCGGUAAAGCCGGAUUAAAAAUUGUUCAUCAACGAACGGUCCACCUUACUCCUGAACAAGUAUCAGAAAUAUACGAAAAAUACUAUGGGACACCCGCGUUUCCACAUAUGGUGGUUACUGUGAGUGUUUCUCCGAUUUUAGUGUUGGCUUUGCAAGCCGUUAACGCAGUGGAGAAAUGGAAAGCCAUGGUGGGACCAAUGGGGACUCUACGCGAAGAAUGGUUUUUUCCAUACAGUGUUAGGACCAGGUUUGGUCCGCAGGGAGAUUUUCUCAACACUUUGCAUGCAUCUGAGGGAUUGAAUGAUGCCCGAAAGGAGAGCAGAUAUUUAUUUCCAAGAGGACUGACAGAGAUUGUACGAACGAAGCCGAUAGAUCCAGUGAUAUCCUUGGCAGAAUGGUUGCUACUCCAUAAUCCCUAUCAACCACAAAUGCCAGAAAUGAUUGCAAUGGCUCCGACUUAAAAUAUUUUCCAACAUGUUAAAGAUUUUUUAUAAUCUAAUUUUAUUCGUCAAUUAUAUACAUUAUACAUCAA